AAGCCAUGAAAAACAUUUCCACAGAAUAAGGCCCAGACCCCCUAUAAAGUGCGCACAUGUUCAGUCUCUCAUAGAGCAGUGGAGCUCAUUGAUUUUAUUGUACUUUUCACCUUUUUUUUUUUUUAAACCUAUGAUAUUUAUAGGUUGUACGUCAUCAGUGUUUUAUUUUAAUGCUUAGUUAAAGUGAGUUGUGAUCCCCUGAUUUUAUUUGCAGUGAGCUCUUAUUUACCCGUACAACUGGCGGCGUUCCUAAGGCUGUAUUAUUUAGUCCUGGCAGUUAAAGCGCUCAAGGACUUUCCCGAGCGAACUCUCCGUAAAAUUACUGCUUACCCCGGCAAAACACCGUGACACAGCAAGCUCUCCUCGCAUUACCUGCGACUGUGCCCAGGAGAGUACCUGACACGAGAGAAAGGGGCUGUAAUUGUACUUAAAAAGGGAAAGCGCAGGUUGUUGUGAUGCGCUGUACUGUAGCAACCGCCGCCUCACUGAAAACAGACAGCGCAAAAUCUUAUCGCGAGUUCUCAAGGUAGACGGGAAACAAUUCGAGCAGCGGAGAGAAAUUCCCACCCCCGGUCUGGUUCACUUUCAUCCGCUCAUUUAUGGAUAAGACGCGUACAUGUCAGACUUGACGCUCUGAUGUUCGGAUACCCCGAAAGCCUGUUCGCAUGCAUUUUCGGAAAACUUUUCUCGUUGACGUUUAUUAAGAGCCGCCUAUGCGUCUCCGGCUGCGAUUACACGAGCGCUCGUUUGAUUAUUUUUGCUUACACAGUCUCGCUCUGCGCAGCUCAUUCGUGUCUGUCUGACUGGAACUUUUUCAAGUAUUUCGUCGAUGAACUUGUUGCGGUGAGUCCCCUUUAAACCCUCACGGCUUCUGUUGUGCUCUGUUUCUAGACUAUUGAGGUUCCGGUCGGGCUGAUGGAGGCUUGCGAGUCCCCAGACGCAGUUUUUCACGGACCUUACCAAAGCGUUUUUCAAAACGUGCUCGUUGGAAGAGCGAGUAACCCCGAGAGUUUGGACAUUUCAAGCUCCAAGAAGAGCGGCUACCUGCAGGAGACCGCGUCGAGGGAAAUGCGUAUAAGCAAGCUGUCCCCCAGCAGAGGAAUAAUAUGCUGCCCCGAAAAAGAGUGCGGGAGCAAGAGUUCAGUGAUACAAGCGGCGGCAAACCGUAUUAAUUUUCUCAAGAGUUCAACAGGAAGCAAGAGCUACUCGUCUCUGUCAUCUAGCGGCUCGGGCCGCGCAGAAGCCACCGAAAGCAGCGGCAAUCGCGCAGGUUUCCUUCGGGGCGCUGAGAGCGGACAGAAGGGCUGCGGUGCAGCUGAAGUUCACAAGCGCGAGUUGGGCUCGGGCCGUGACGCAAGUGUGGCGAGUAGUAGUCGCGCAUGCAACAGCAGCACCAUUUCGGAGACAGCGCGAGAGCUGUGCAAAGCCGUGUCCGUGUCUUUGGGCUUAGCUAUGGAGUCCAGCGAACUAGGCGAGGUGGGACAGCACCAUGCACCGCCGCCACCGCCCCUGACCACUGAAAGUAGUAGUGAUGACAUUUAUUUGUUAGGGAUGCCUUUGCUCGACUGCUCAGUGAGGGAACUGGAGGCAGGAGCGAAAGACAGAGAGUACGCUCUCUCGGUGGGACGAGAUAGAGGCUUAGAGCUGCGAGGCAGGGACAAAGUGCUCGGGAUGUUUAAAAGUGGCGACCUGGUGCAGCUAGCAGAUGAGGUGACGACCUUGCAAUGCAGCAGCGCGUCUCGGUCACACUUACCCGCGGAUGUGCAGGAGAUGCAUGAGUUCGCCAACCUAGGGGACAUUGUCAACCUGAGUUCAGAAGGUACGGCAGCGACAACAGCAUCGGAUAUGGACGCAACGCAAGCGGCUUCGUGCCAGUUCGAACAACUGUUGCCCGCGAGCAUGGCCCAUUUCGUCCACCCGGAGUUCGAAAACGGACCGAGCCACAGCUUCGCGAAGCCCGCGGCGAUGUCCGGGGAGUUUACGGGGCCCGUGGAGGAUUACGUGAAUCUCUAUAACGUCAAAAUCAAGGCAGAGAUGAUGCCCCGUGAACUGAAUGACACCUGGGCGUACCCGCAUAGGUACACUGAGGACAGUAACGGUCAGCACGGGCCCCCAAAACAGAGGACCACUUAUGCUUCUGGUCACGAAACGCCGUUUAUCUGUAACCCCUACGAGUACGGCCGAAGCGGGUCUCUGGUUCCUCGGGAGCGACCUCCGCCAGAACAGUGGUACCCGGGCGGGAUGUUGACCCGUUCCCCGUACCCUAACAUGCCCUGCGUAAAAAACGAGGUGGGCGAAUGGCUGGAUGUAUCAUCGUUUACGGAUGGCAGGUUUGAUGGAGGGAGGAGUGACAUUUUCCCAAUGGAGUUUUUCCUUCCUCCUCAAAGGACAUGCCUAAUCUGCUCUGAUGAAGCAUCUGGAUGUCACUAUGGAGCCCUCACUUGUGGAAGCUGCAAAGUGUUCUUUAAGAGAGCUGCUGAGGGGAAGCAGAAGUAUCUCUGCGCUAGCAGGAAUGACUGCACCAUAGAUAAACUGAGGAGGAAGAACUGCCCAUCCUGCCGUCUGAAGAGGUGUUUUGAGGCUGGGAUGACCCUGGGAGCCCGCAAGCUGAGGAAGAUUGGACAGAUGAAAGGUCCGGAGGAGGUUGGCUCCAUUCAGGGCCCGUCAGAGACAGUCCAGUGCCUGUCGCCUAAGCCCAGCCUGACGUUCCACUCGCAGCUGAUCUUCCUGAACAUCCUGGAGGCCAUCGAGCCAGAGGUGGUGAACGCUGGCCACGAUCACGCUCAGCCUGACUCGGCGGCCGCUCUCCUCACCAGCCUUAACGAGUUGGGUGAGAGGCAACUUGUCAAGGUAGUGAAAUGGGCCAAAGGACUUCCAGGUUUCCGUAACCUGCAUGUGGAUGAUCAGAUGACAGUCAUACAACACACUUGGAUGGGAGUGAUGGUCUUUGCUCUGGGUUGGAGAUCCUACAAGAACGCCAAUGCGCGCAUGCUGUACUUCGCUCCAGACCUGGUCUUCAAUGAUCGUAGGAUGCAUAUCUCCAGCAUGUACGAGCACUGUGUUCAGAUGAAGCACCUCUCGCAGGAGUUUGUGCUGCUGCAGGUCACACAGGAAGAGUUCCUCUGCAUGAAGGCCCUCCUCCUCUUCAGCAUCAUUCCAGUGGAGGGGCUGAAGAGUCAGAAGUAUUUUGAUGAGCUGCGUCUGACAUACAUAAACGAGCUUGAUCGUUUAAUCAACUAUGGCAGGAAGACCAACUGUGCCAUGCGCUUCCAACAGCUGACCCGACUGAUGGACUCGCUGCAACCAAUUGUUCAGAAGUUGCACCAGUUCACCUUUGACCUCUUUGUCCAAGCCCGGUCCCUGCCCACAAAGAUCAGCUUUCCAGAAAUGAUUGCAGAAAUAAUCUCGGUCCAGGUGCCAAAGAUCCUUGCCGGCCUGUCUAAACCAAUUCUGUUUCACAAAUGACACGACUACGCCCCUGAACCACCGAUCCAUACCAACCCCAUCCAGGCCAUAUGAGCCAGUCUGUUCGGCCUGAUCCAGUUUGAUCCAGCCUAAACCAGCCUGCGAUGCUUUUAAUCUGGACUUGAGUCGAGCGAUGAGACUGAAACGAUACUGAUUUUUUGAUUUUCUCACUCUAACCUCCCUCCCUUUCUAUAUCAGUCUCGCCUCCCUCAUUUUGAAAAAUGGCCCUGAAAAGUAGCGGGACCAUUACAUCAUUACAGUUGUCUAUCUUCUCCUCAGAGAUCAUUUGAGCUCAUUUUCUCAAACUGACAGCAUGGUUUUGUUCUUUCUUUCGACCAGCAGUUAUCCUUCAAGAGUUACAGCGUGUUGCCGGUGGACAUGUUGGAAAAAAUAUCACACUGAAGUUUCUUCUAAGCCCUUAAUCAAAAAAGGAAAAAAAAUUACAAAAAGGGCCGUUACACAGAUCCUUAUCAGAGUCUGUGACCUGCCUUGACUCUAUGCAUCGUGGGAUAAAAAGGUUAAUUUAUUGUCUGUGACUUGAGAGAUCAGGACAAAUCAAAGCUACAUGCAUAGCGAAAUACAUCGGAACAUGGCGAAAACCAAGACGAAUCUUUGUGACUUUUACUCUUGUUAGUUAGAACAACAUACUACUAAACACAGUAGGCUACUGUUGUAUUAAAACAGUACGGAAUCCAGUACAGCAGGCUGGCCAUCAGUCUCCUCCCUGCUUUAUUAGUUUAUUGAUUGUAAAAAAAAAAGUGCUUCAUUCAUUUCUUAUGAAAUGUAGAGGAUCUUUAUAAAAGCUUUUUAAAAGGCAUCAUUCAUUCGGAAUGUUCAGAAAAUUUGUGAAUUUUUCGUUCAAUUAAAAAUCUGUUACAGUUGGGUUUGUAAAUUGCCACCGAAAACAAAAGGACAGCACGAUGACAAACAUCUCAGUCAUCAAGAGUUGCCUCCUCUAGACAGCAGACUUUUGUUAAGACGAGGCUCAGUGCCCUUUUCUACAACCUGGAUAUUUAAGUGCAGGUUUUAGGGUAUAAUGUUGACAGUUUGUAUAUAGAACAUAAACACAGCAACGCUUGGGUCAGCAUAGAAGAUCUUCAAAUAUAUACAUAAAUAUAAAUCUAUGCAUGCUGUCUUCAUAUCAUGACAAAACAACAAAUAAUUGCAUGCUAAAGCCCUAGAUAUUCAAAAAAUUAAACUGCAUUUCCAGUAAGCUAAAUGGAUAUUUUUAGGAAACGGGAAUGUUUCCCAUAAGGCUCUUAUGAAGUCUCUCUCUCUCUCUCUCCUUACUGUCCUUAAUGGAAUAAUUGGCAAGGUAAUGUUCUUGUAUAUAUAUGUAAAAGUUAAGCGUGGUUCUUUUCAGUCUUUCUAUGUGCUAAUGUAUGGAUGUAUUCAAUACUUUAACAGUCGUUUCCUCCAUUUCCUUCAAGUGCCACUAAGGGAUUUGUAUUUCUCCGCACUAGCAAUAAAUAAUAACAUGCUUAACACGCUCUUUUAACGAGCUCAUUUAGAAUACCAAAACACGCUUUAAUGGUACACAGCUUUAAAAAACAAACAAAACAAAACAAAAAAGAGCUAUGCGUAUGUGAUAACACUGGACAGUACUGUUAUUUUAUCAGAAACUCGUACCAAACAUCUAGAUCACCAUCAACUGCCGCAAAGCAAUGGCAAGAGGUGCUAAAGCUCGUCUAUUUAUUCACGAGGGUGUUAAAUGAGACAAAAGACAAAAAAAAAAAAAAGACACAAAAUACGUAUAUGUAUUUUUACUCCGCUUUCGCUUCAAUUAAAGCAUUCUCUAUUUAUCUGUCAGAAAGGAACAUCUUUACUCGCUUGCCUCAUACUCCGGUGCAGCUCGUAUUUUCUAGACGUCGUGUCAACUUUUUCCUCCGCACGCUCUCCGUUUCUAAAUGAUUGAAUAAUGCCUGCAGCGUUAUGUAUGUAGAUUACUCUUUAAAGAGCCCAAAAAUCGCGACGCUGUGUUGUCUUUGUCAGGCCUGGGGUGACCUGGGGUGUACUUUCAGCAGAGCAGGGAGUUUUCCGCCGAGUUAAAACGACGAGAUGUGGUUUAACUGCUCAAGCUCUUGUCGCCGCAGAGCAUGUUGACGGUUUAAAUGUGCCAGGCAGAGAAUAGGCUGUCAGAGACAGCUCUUCUUCGCUGACAGCACCGAGCACCGCGCAAUUACACGCAGGUGUUUACCCAUUUAGAUGGCCCAAAAGCACUCAUUAGAAUUUGCAGAACUCCAAACUGCACUUUUAACCUGCCAAAAAAGCGCUCAUGACUUCCACAAACAUACAGCGCUUUAGGACGGAGCCAAAGCCAAAGUCUGAUCUCAAAGUCGUUCAUUAGCCGGCGGAAUUUUGCAUGUAAACACAGAUAUAGCCUAGUUCGUUCAUACUCGACGAUGAAGCGAGAGACGCACUCUCUCGCUGUCUUGUAAUUGUCUGUUUACUAUGGAAAGUUUCAUGUCAUUUUUAGCGACACUCGGAUGCAACACCCCGCAUGUGUGAACCAACUUGUGCUUGGAUGGUCCAUACGCUGAUUUGUGACUUUCUUAACAUGUCUUUUAUGAGCUAUGAUGUAGAACUCACAGUGUGUUUUGGUUUUCAAUUAAAGUCUUAGGAUUUACUGUUACUGUGUGCGGUGUGUCAGCCAAUAGAAAGCAUAUAUGCACCCUUGUAAAUCUGUUAGCAGGCUCUACUUCACACCCUUGUAGAUACAAAAAGGGGAUGAAAGAUUUUCUGGUUUCAUUUGCAAAAUAUUGCAUUUGGCCUGUGUUAAUGACAAAAUGCUUGCUUGGAUCCUACCGAUGUUUCUGCUCUCACGUGAACCAAAAGAACCUAAAGUCUUAAUAACAGUCUGCAUGUCACCAGGAUGCUUCCUGUGGUUAUAAUUUGGUCUUUCAUUACACAAAGGGGAAAAAAAUGUUACCAAAUGAUUUCUCACUGAUAUAUUUUCCCCAAGAUGAGGAAAGCAAUUUGUCUUUCUAAUGAGUAUUACUGCAAAGUAUCUUGAAAUGAGGUGGUACCUUAAACUGAAACGAGAGCAACACACUGGUUUACAGACACUAAAUGUGCUAAUGAAACCAUAUGAAACGUUUGCAGGCAGAGCUGUAUCUAUUUAUGUCCUUUUUCAGCUUUGUAAACCAUAUAAGAACUCCAAUAUAUGUAACCAUGAAAUAUUUUUUUUUUUUUACUCUCUUUGCUGGCUGAUACAAGCAAGUACACGACUAAUCAUUAGCAAAUGCUUUUUUACAGCUUUUUUCUCUGUGUGAAUAAUUCCUGUCUUUUCCUGGUGUUAUGGGAUAUUUUUUUGCCUUUCCAUAUGCAGAUGGAGGAGCUGGGUAGUUUGGCUUUAUAUGACUAGAAGAGGAAAUUCUGGCUUCUUAAACAAUGUUUGUUACUUAAAUCUUUGUAACUUUAUAGUCUUUUUUUACAGCAGUUGUGUGUGAGUGGGUGUGUGUCUGUGCAUGCACGCUUUUUGCAGGUUAUUUAGUACUGCUAUGUAGUGUUGUAUUGACAGUUGUUAACUGACGAUUUCUUUUUUCAGUUUGCGAACUGAUUUCUACUCGUAUGGAAAAUCGCUUAUCAGACAAGCUCUGAUUCCUGUUGUGUAGAGCCUGUGUAAAUCGGGUUUGUUUGUGUCUUACCGCUUUCAAUUCAAUAAAAAACAUUUGAAAAUCUUGAAA